GUUAUCCACCUCCGCACCAUCGCGGUCCCAUGGAUCUUUCUCGCGCUAGAGUUCUUUAUCUUGCUUCCCAAUGCGAUUCCCUAUCUCCUGCGUACACUUGCGGUGAGACCCGCCUAUCGAGCAAGGCAAUAUCUAGACGGCGAUAACGUUCCCAAUGUCGACCUUCUCGUCACCGCCUGCAAUGAAGACGUCGACGUCGUCAUGGACACUGUUAGAGCGGCUUGCGUGCUCGAUUAUCCUCGCGACAAGUACCGGAUCUUCGUGUGUGACGACGGCAUGUCUGAGACGCUCAAGACUGCCGUUGAUACUCACGCCGCGGGAAAUUCACAGCUACACUACACUGCGCGUGUCAAGGGCCCAAUCAAGGACUACAAAGCUGGCAAUCUCAAUCACGGUCUGCGCUACUCCGGAUUUUUGCAUCCCUUAAUGCUCCGCUCAUUAGUAAGCCACAAUAUGUCGGCUGCCCAUCUACGAGACCAGAGUACGCGCCUAUCAGAAGAUUCAUCGUGCGCGACGAAAAGCGGACAAAGUACCCCGAGCAGCCAUAGUACGAUUACGAACACGCAUGUUCCUAGCCACGACUGGACAGUAUCUUGGGGUGAGUAUGUGGCCGGUUUGGAUGCCGACAUGAUACCGGAGCCUGGGUGGUUACGUACCUUACUGCCACACAUUCAUGAUGACCCUGAAUGCGCUAUGGUGUGCCCUCCUCAGACCUUUUACGACAUUCCUCUCAACGAUCCUCUGUUACAGACCAUGUCCCACUUCGCUGGAAUCACUGAAGUUGUCAACGACGCCCUUGGUCACGCAGACUGCUUAGGAUCUGGUUACAUUAUGCGACGGACAGCUCUUGAGAGCAUUGGAGGGUUCCCCACCGAAUCCCUAUCGGAGGACGUGUGUUGCUCGGCCACUUUGCUCGGUGCCGGCUGGCGGACAGCCUUCGUACCCGAAGCUGUGCAAUACGGCUCUGUCCCAGACUCGUUGCUCGGGCACAUUAAGCAGCGCACACGCUGGUGGGUCGGACACAUUCAGACUGCUAUGCUAUUCAGACUGCGUUUGUACGGUGCUAGAGCAAAGCAUCUUAGCUUUCGACAACGCCUGGCCGGCCUGGCAUUCGACUUACGGCAAUUGGUUCAGGUUCCGCUUGCUCUUUCCUACAUCAUCCUGCCCUUCGCAUUGCUCUCUGGGAGUCCGAUGGUCUUCUGGGUCACGGGACCCCAGCUUAAGACCCUUAUUCGUCUGGUGUCAGUCUGGACUGCAUCUCACUGGAUCCAUAAUGGGAUAAUUGGUGCCAUAGCAGGAGUUGGCAACAACUUCACAGCCUACGAUAUUCGCGUGGCGUCUUAUGAUUCCGAGAUGGAGCAGUGGUUGAGUCCGUACUAUCUGGUUGCGUUCAUGCGUUCGUUUGUACUUCCAAAGGCCCUCGGUGGCGCAGCCACGAGUUUCAAGGCCUCUGGCAGCAUCUCCAGCAAUCUCCACGAGCGCGACCCGGAGAAUCGCGCACCUCUACUUCGCCGCCUUCGAGUCACUCUCUUUUCCUACCACGCCGCCGUGCAUGCCCUGUUCGUGCUCGCAUGCAUUACAGGCGUAGCCCUGAACGUUGCUCGCGCAAGUAGCAUCGCAUAUAUCCCGAAUCUGUGGGACACGAAGAUAUUGCAUACCACGGUGCAACGCCUAACUUUCCUGAUCACCCGCGUGGGCUGGCCUCCUCUCUUCUGGCUGCAAUAUGUCGUAUCGGCUCUGACGCCCAUAACCUACGCUAUCUGGCCACCACUUCAACCGGAUCGCGAGUCGCUGCUUAACCGCGACGAGAAGACGCUGGUCGCAUACCCGAAACCUAGCGCGAGAAUGGCGCAAAAGACGAUCUCUGGUGCCUGGCGGUACGGAAGGGCUGUGUUUGCAAUAUCAUACACGCUUGUCCUGUUCGUUGCUAAUGAGAUGGUGGUGUUGUAGCAAUUACCAUGCGUUACCAAGAGACAGGAUGUGUUAUCUGCUCUCUGCCACUUGGUUCCGCUGAGUAUGUCCUAUUGGAUCAUAAUAGCGGUACCAUUGCACAAGAUAUGCCACAGAGCAAACAGCAUCGAGCUAAGAGAGAUCUGUCGAAUCAGCCGUCCUACUAUAUUACAGGGCCAGCAUGUCGCCAACAUCCUGAUCGUGCACUUCGCAUAGCACUAUCGUUUCUUUCCGAUAGCCACAAACACUCAUGUAUUGUCCCUGCCAGGACGGAGAGGGCUGGAUUCUUGCGGAUAGCACAAUUGCUUCACCGGAGCUCAAAGCUUGUGCUUGAUGGACGUUUCCACUAUGAGAUGUGUUUACCUGUGAAGGUAGGUCGAGCUCAACUGCACAAGCCAUCAAGGCCUGGCCGCAGAUAAAGA